UUUUAAUUCUAAUGACACUGUGCGUACUGUGCCAUAAUAUGAACUGUGCGUUCGAUCGAUAAUACAGACGACUUCAACAUCACCAUCAUAUGUGAAUUGCGAUUGUAACAGUUGCGUGAGACGAUGCAUUUGACAAACAAGUCAGAACGUUUUGUUGUCGCAUUUCUGACAAGACGAAAGUUUAUAAAUAAUUAAAAAAGUAUAAAAUUAGAAGGUGCUUUGAUGCGUGACGCUUUAUUGGAAUGAAAUAAUCAAAAAAUCGAUAUAUAUAAACAAAGAAUGAAUCUUGCAAGAUCAAUGGAAACGCGAAACAUUUUGAGAUUGAUUGUCACAUUAUUGCUUUUGGAUGCUGCAAAGAAUGUGGCUUCAUCUUUCUCAACUCCAUCUUUCUCUCCAAUUGUUAUUCAGGCUGAAUAUGGGCCAAAUAAUACUUAUAAAAAAACCAUAAAUGCUAUGGUUGAAUAUGUGUUUUUGUAUCCUGCUAGCAAUAUGUCCCUGGAAACUGCAAGAAUUAAGAUAGAAAGCAAUGCGACUCAUAGUUUUCCAUUGAUAAUAGUGGUGCGUCAAACAACAGGCAUUCUGUCUUGGCAAAUACCUUUGCUUGUCAACAGCGCAGACUUAGACACUGUGAUAUAUAAUAAAACUAGUCGUACUCUGUGCUCUACGAAAUAUUAUCGAUAUGCACAAGAUGAUGAAGAGUAUAUUGUCGUUGGUAUCUCCACAGCCAGUCAUGAAAAUAUCUCCUUUGACCUCAAUGUAAUCAAAGUUACAGACUUUUAUUUAAGUUCCGGAAAAGAGGUGGAAGUACAAAUUUCCCCAUCUGAGCCUAUAUAUUAUGGCUACAUCUUCUCAAAGGAGGAGAAUUCCUCAGUCCUCGUUCGUGUUGAAUCAGAUAAUGACAUCUGUAUGACUGUAUCUAUACAAAAUACAUCUUGUCCUGUAUUUGACUUGGAACGAAACAUCGAGUUUUCCGGGCACUGGCAGACUGUGAGUAGAAGAGGAGGUAUCACAGUACCAAGAGAAGCUUAUCCAUUAGGAUUCUUCGUUGUACUUGUUAUCAAAGGGGAGGACACCGACUGCAGUGGAUUACCCAGUAGUGAGCCUCUUCGUACUAAAAAUGUUAAAUUAAUCAUAAAUCCUACUAUUACCAAGCGGGAUUAUGUCGUUGCAUCGGCAUCAGCAGCGGCAAUCGUAUUAGGCUUUUGUAUCUCUUAUAUAAUAGCUGUAAUAAUAUUUAAUAUCAAAGAGAGCAAAAAACUCGCGAUGCAAGAGCCAAUAAACGAACAAAGCCAAGAUUUAGACGAGCAUAUGCCGAGUCCGUCAAUGGUGGGAGAGAGUAGUAGUCCGAAACAGUGGGAUUCCGUGGAGGAAGAUUCAUCCCUAGAUGAGGAUGAUAUAGAUUUAAUGGAGGACGCUCUCUCCGAUAAAGACGUGAUACGAACGAAGGUCAUUCUUUCGGUUUGUGAUCUCGCUCGUAAGGAGCCAAGAAUAUUACGACAUAAAUCUCGUUUAUAUUUGUAUUAUUUAGCAACCGUCGCGAUAUUUUAUACGCUACCGGUCGUACAAUUGGCGGUGACGUACCAACGCGUACUUUAUACGACUGGAAAUCAAGACAUGUGCUAUUACAAUUUCUUAUGUGCCCAUCCGCUGGGUUUGUUAUCCGACUUCAAUCACGUGUUUUCGAAUUUCGGAUACAUUAUGCUGGGUCUGCUGUUCAUAUUUCUAACUUAUUCUCGGGAGUACAACGAGCCAGAUACGGAGAAAACUAAAUGUUACGGCAUACCGCAACAUUACGGUCUAUUCUAUGCAAUGGGUACUGCACUAAUAAUGGAAGGUAUACUGUCGGCAAGUUAUCACGUAUGCCCUAGCCGUAGCAAUUUUCAAUUUGACACCAGCUUCAUGUAUGUAAUCGCAGUGCUCUGUAUGAUCAAGAUUUACCAAAAUCGUCACCCCGAUAUAAACGCCAGGGCGCCGGUGACAUUCGGAAUGUUAGCCGUUAUAAUAUUUGCAGGAUUGAUCGGGGUUCUGAAUGGUUCUAAGACGUUUAUAAUAAUAUUUUCCAUCCUGCAUUUACUAAUAUGCUUUUUUUUGACUGUACAAAUAUAUUACAUGGGACGAUGUAAAUUCAACAGAGGCGUUUUCAGAAGGGUAAUACAGAGAUUCAAGCACGAGGCACGUUGCGGUAUAUGGCAUCUACUCCGGCCGUUUUAUCCUGCGAGAUUCAUAAUGCUCGUACUAGCAAAUUUGUGUAAUGUUGGACUUGCGGUAUUCGGAAAUGUGUAUCAGCAAGGCAACUUUGCUACAUUUUUACUAGCUAUAUUAAUGUCUAAUUUAAUUUUAUAUACAUUCUUUUAUAUAAUGAUGAAGCUUUGCCACAGGGAAAAAAUUCUUCUCACACCCACGAUUUAUAUCCUUUUAGCCAUGCUGUUUUGGGGAGCAGCCCUGUACUUCUUCGUACAUAAAACUAUUUCUUGGGCUCUUACACCAGCCCAAUCUCGUCUGUAUAAUAAACCCUGCGCAUUAUUGAACUUCUUUGAUUCUCAUGACAUCUGGCACUUUCUUUCGGCAUUAGCAAUGUUCUUUUCGUUUAUGGUACUGCUUACUCUAGAUGAUGAUUUAACGGACGUACAUCGGAGUCAAAUACCAGUUUUUUAA